AAUGAAUAUGAAGCUAAGCUGAAUCCUUCUGCUUGUGGCUCUCAUGGUCUGAAAUAUUCAGGCAAAGAAGAAGAAAAUCCCAAAGUUUGAACCUAUUUUAGAAAUGAGAGAAGUCACUAUAGAGCAGAUCCAGAGUGAAAGAGACGGGUCAUUUGAUAAACAAGUGAUGUAUGUAACUUUUCGGAAAGAAUACGUCGACUCAAAGGGGCUACUGGAGGUUACAAAUCACUAUGCAGAGGGCCUUAAUAAUAAAGGAGUCGUAGUUGAUGAGUAUGUCCAGAUUAACGCCAGAAAAGUAGGCGUAGUCAUCACAACCAUUACCGAUAUGAUGGAGAUCAAGGAGUAUUCUAAAGCCAGGAAGAGUGUUCUCAUGGUCAAAUCUGGUGAAGAAAGAAUCAUUGGAGCUCACGUGACUGAGGAUGAAAAGAAGGACCUAUAUUCUACGAUCACUGGGAAGAAAAGGAAAACAAAAGGCAAAAAGAAGAAGAAGACCAAGCAGGUUAAUGACGAUCUCUAG